GGCCCCCGCCCUUUAGUGCGCGCUCGGGGCCUCCGCUACCGAGUCGCGGGGCUGCAGGGCUCCGGGGCCCCGGCCCCAGCAGCCUCUUUCUGUCCUCCGGGAGCGAGAGAAGCCCUUGUGCCCGUUCUCUCCCCGCAAGCCCCAGGAGGGCCUGAGCAGAGGCGAGCGGGAUAAAAGUUCACUGAUGGCUCAGUUGGGAGCAGUGGUGGCGGUGGCUUCCAGUUUCUUGUGUGCCUGUCUCUUCUCAGCAGUGCACAAGAUAGAAGAAGGACAUAUUGGAGUAUAUUACAGAGGCGGUGCUCUGCUGACCUCCACCAGUGGCCCUGGUUUCCACCUCAUGCUUCCUUUCAUCACGUCGUAUAAAUCUGUGCAGACCACACUUCAGACAGAUGAAGUAAAGAAUGUACCUUGUGGAACCAGUGGUGGUGUGAUGAUCUACUUCGAUAGAAUUGAAGUGGUGAACUUCCUGGUCCCAAAUGCAGUAUAUGAUAUAGUGAAGAACUACACCGCCGACUACGACAAGGCGCUCAUCUUCAACAAGAUCCACCAUGAGCUGAACCAGUUCUGCAGUGUGCACACACUUCAGGAGGUCUAUAUUGAGCUGUUUGAUCAGAUUGAUGAAAAUCUCAAACUGGCUUUGCAGCAGGACCUGACCUCCAUGGCCCCUGGGCUUGUCAUCCAAGCUGUGCGGGUGACCAAGCCCAAUAUCCCUGAGGCAAUCCGAAGAAACUAUGAGCUGAUGGAAAGUGAGAAGACGAAGCUUCUCAUAGCAGCUCAGAAACAGAAGGUGGUAGAGAAGGAGGCUGAGACAGAGCGGAAGAAAGCACUCAUUGAGGCAGAAAAAGUGGCUCAGGUUGCAGAAAUCACCUACGGGCAGAAGGUCAUGGAGAAGGAAACGGAGAAAAGGAUUUCAGAAAUUGAAGACGCUGCAUUUCUGGCCCGUGAGAAGGCAAAGGCCGAUGCUGAGUGCUACACUGCUCUGAAAAUAGCUGAAGCGAAUAAGUUGAAGCUGACCCCAGAAUAUCUACAGCUGAUGAAAUACAAGGCCAUUGCUUCCAACAGCAAGAUUUACUUUGGCAAAGACAUUCCCAAUAUGUUCAUGGAUUCUGCUGGCACCCUGGGCAAGCAGUUUGAAGGGCUGGCGGACAAGCUGACCAUUGACUUGGAAGAGGAGCCUGUGGAGGCCACAGCGAAGGAGAACUGAGGAACAGAAAGUAUACAGCCUCAGAUGACACUUAAAGAGAUCUUUAUUUUUUAAAGUGAAACAGACUGCUCCUUCCUCCCUUACUACCUUCUUGGACUCCUCAAGUUGUUGUGG